GUAUUAUUGUAGUUGUUCAAUACUUUUACAACAUUGGAGUGCUUUUGCUGUUUUUGGUGCACUUUUGGCUUUGGCGUUUUGCCAAAUUGGACAUCCAGAUGUAUUUGUUUAUCUGGUCAAAACCGAGACAAAUUAGAAUCCGACAUUGUAUUUGCAGUGGGCAUAUUUAUUAAUUGCAUAUGUCGCUUAAAUUCGUCCAUCUCAAUUUUUCCGACAGCACUUGAAGGCAGCAUCAGGAGCUCAUCUGUUGGACAGGGAAACUAAUCAGGAGCCAAGUGAAGACUUUUCAGUGCUGCUAGCUCCCAGGCUAGCAAGCUAUCAGAGUCAGCCGUCCAGUUGAAUAAGGAGGAGUACAGACUUUGUUUAUAAAGUACAGUGUCUCUUCUGUACAGUACACAACACUCAAACUAUGUUUUAGAAACACCGUUUUGUUGCGCUAAAGUAGCAAGGCAGACAGCCUCUGGCCAGCUGAAGCUUGCGGCUAGCUCAUUAACGUUAGCUGGGAAAGAAGUGGAGGCAAGAAAAUGGAGCUGGACGACGUAGUCCUGUAUCAGGACGACUCGGGAAACUCCACCAUGAUGUCCGAGCGGGUCUCAGGUCUGGCAAGUUCAAUAUACCGAGAGUUUGAACGGCUUAUCGAGAGAUACGGGGAGGAUGUAGUGAAGGAGCUGAUGCCGCUGGUGGUCGCCGUGCUGGAGAACUUGGACUCGGUGUUCGCUGUCAACCAGGAUCACGAAGUGGAGCUGGAGCUGCUGAAGGAGGACAACGAGCAACUCGUCACCCAGUACGAGCGAGAGAAGGCGCUGAGAAAACACACAGAGGAGAGGUACAUCGUCUUAGAAGACUCCCAGGACGGCGAGAAGAAAGAUCUGCAGAGUCGACUGGUGAUGCUGGAGGCACACUCCCGUCAGCUGGAGCGCAAAACUAAAAACUAUGCAGAUCAGAUUAUCAGAUGUGACGAGAGAGAAGCAGACCUCAAGAAGGAGUACAACACGCUUCAUCAGAGACACACUGAGAUGAUCCACAGCUACAUGGAGCACCUGGAGCGAACGAAACACCAGCAUGCAGUCGCACAUGAGCCCUCAGAUACAGGGACAUCAGCCAGAACACGAAAGGAGCGUCCCAUCUCCAUGGGCAUAUUCCAACUUCCCGGAACUGAUGGUGUGACCCCUGAGCUCCACAAGGAACCCGUUGAAACCCCUUCAGAACCAUGGAGAUUCAACAACCUUAGCCAUCCGCGCUCUAACACCAGUCUCCAGGAUGAAUUGGCCGGUUCCAGCUCCAAGUCCGGUACUCCAACCAACCAGGGAAGGGUCUCCAAAACUGGAACUACUUUACAAAGUGAAGGGUCCCAGGGUGGUGCCUCUAAAUCAAACGCAUCUUCACACAGUGCUAACUCUCAGUCAACCACACAACAGUCUCCUCAUGACGGAGUGUCUACCGGGAUGAGUCCAUUGACAUCUGGAUCACCCCUGUCCCCUGCUGCUUCCUAUGUUUCCAUGGAGUCAGAGGAAGUUUCUGAUGGGCUCUUCAAGAACCUGGACAGGAGCAGAGGAAAACCAGAGAGCAGUAAGAACAUUGCAGCCGUGCAGGAAGGACAGCAAGGUCAGCCUGGACAUGACGCCUCUACACCCCUCAAAGCUGAUGAUGGAGCGGAGAAUGUGGAGAAAUCUGAGGUGCAGGCCAUCAUAGAGUCCACUCCAGAGCUGGACAUGGGCCUCGAAGGCUGCAUAGGAACGAGCACACCAACUAAAGGGGGGAUAGAGAAUCUGGCGUUUGACCGUAACACAGACUCUCUGUUUGAGGAGCUGUCGUCUGCAGGGAACGACAUGAUAGCAGACAUGGAUGAAGGAGCCGACAUGCUGGGUAUGGGUCGGGAAGUGGAACAUCUUAUCCAUGAGAACACCCAGCUGCUGGAGACCAAAAAUGCUCUGAACGUGGUGAAAAAUGACCUCAUAGCACAGAUGGAUGAUCUGACCUGUGAGAAGGAGGUUCUGCGGGGGGAGCUGGAGGCCGUCACUCAGGCCAAGACCAAACUGGAGGACAAGAACAAAGAAUUAGAAGAGGAAAUCAAGAAGAUUCGGGCAGAGCUUGAGGAGUCCAAACAGAAGGUCAAGAACGACAAUGAGGAGGACCAGAGCGAUGUGCCUACAGCCCAGAGGAAGCGCUUCACCAGGGUGGAGAUGGCCAGGGUCCUGAUGGAGAGGAACCAGUACAAGGAGAGGCUGAUGGAGCUGCAGGAGGCGGUCAGGUGGACCGAGAUGAUCCGGGCUUCAAAGGACAACCCCGCUCUUCCAGAGAAGAAGAAAUCCAGCCUCUGGCAGUUGAUUUUCAGCCGUUUGUUCAGCUCGUCGGGCCCAGCGGCCAAGAGGCCGGCGUCCGAGUCCCCGGUGAACGUCAAGUACAACGCACCCACCUCCCAGAUUCAGCCGUCAGUGAAGAAGAGGAGCACCACCUUGCAGCAGCUCCCCAGUGACAAGAGCAAAGCCUUUGAUUUCCUCAAUGAGGAAGUGGCAGCGGACAACGUGGUGUCCCGGCGGGAGCAGAAGCGGGCUCAGUACCAGCAGGUGAAGGCUCACGUCCAGAAGGAGGACGGCAGAGUGCAGGCCUACGGCUGGAGUCUGCCCAAGAAGUACAAAGCGAACGGUGGUCAGGUGGAGAGUAAGAUGAAGAAUCUCCCUGUUCCUGUCUUCCUCAGACCAGUGGAUGAGAAAGAUGCUUCUAUGAAGCUGUGGUGUGCUGCCGGUGUAAACCUCUCCGGAGGUAAAACCAGAGACGGAGGCUCCAUCGUAGGAGCCAGCGUUUUCUACAGCGACGUGCCUGGACCAGAGAGCCCUAAAAGGAGGAUAGGGUCUCAGAGCAGCCUGGAUAAACUGGACCAAGAACUCAUGGAUCAGCAGAAGGAGUUGCGGCAGCACGAUGAGAUGUCGUCGCUGGUCUGGAUCUGUACCAGCACGGAGUCCACCACCAAAGUCGUUGUCAUUGACGCCAACCAGGCCGGAAACAUCCUGGAGAGCUUCUUCGUGUGUGACUCCCACGUCCUCUGCAUCGCCAGCGUUCCAGGUGCAAGAGAGACAGACUACCCAGCCGGUGAGGAAGUAGUUCCAAACUCUGAGACAGAACCAGUGGCAAACGUCUGCUCACAAUCAACAGAGAGCAGCUCAACUGGGGGAGAAGACGUGCUCGGAGGCAUCACUGUGGUGGGCUGUGAGGUGGAGGGGGCAACAGCUGUUCCUCAGAGAGCAGGCAGUCCAGGAGAGGACGGAGAGACCGAAUCCAGAGCAGCAGAGGAAGCCACCGAGGCGACGGAGGCCAGUGCAGGACCUGCGGACCAGAGAGCCAGCCUGCGGGGGGGGGCGUACACAGAACACGUGUUCACCGACCCUCUGGGAGUCCAGCACACAGCAGAGGCUCCAGCCAACUACACUCAGAGGGAGAGUGAUCUGCUGAAGGACGGCGUCAGUUCAAACCCCAACGCGGAGGAGCAGGACCUGAUGAGAGAGGAGGCUCAGAAGAUGAGCAGCGUUCUGCCCACUAUGUGGCUUGGGGCUCAGAAUGGAUGUGUUUACGUCCACUCCUCUGUGGCUCAGUGGAAGAAGUGUCUCCAUUCUAUAAAGCUGAAGGACUCUGUGCUCGGCAUAGUGCAUGUGAAAGGGCGUGUACUGGUGGGUCUCUCUGAUGGCACCUUAGCCAUUUUCCACAGAGGAGUAGAUGGGCAGUGGGAUCUGACCAACUACCAUCUGUUGGACCUCGGGAGACCCCACCACUCCAUCCGCUGCAUGACUGUAGUGCACGACAAGGUGUGGUGCGGCUACAGGAACAAGAUCCAUGUAGUGCAGCCCCAAGCCAUGAAGAUAGAGAAAUCGUUUGACGCCCACCCCCGUAAGGACAGCCAGGUGCGUCAGCUGGCCUGGGACGGGGACGGGAUCUGGGUGUCCAUCAGACUGGACUCCACCCUCAGGCUGUUCCACGCCCACACCUUCCAGCACCUCCAGGACGUGGACAUCGAGCCCUACGUCAGCAAGAUGCUGGGCACGGGGAAACUAGGCUUCUCAUUCGUGAGGAUCACAGCUCUCAUGAUGUCCUCUAACCGUCUGUGGAUCGGAACUGGAAAUGGAGUCAUCAUCUCCAUCCCUCUGACUGACAACCUUCCAUUAGCAGGCAACAAGGCGGCCAAGGCAGCAGGGAACCAGCCAGGCAGUGUGGUGUACAGCGACGACAGCGGAGACAAAGUGACGACCGGGACCUUUGUUCCGUACUGCUCCAUGGCUCAGGCCCAGCUCUGUUUCCAUGGUCACAGAGACGCUGUCAAGUUCUUCACCGCGGUCCCAGGUCAUGCAGAUCCAUCUGCUUCCUGCGGGGGGGAGGCAGCGGGGGAGAAGACGACAGAUGCCGCGGCUCAGGAAGGAACCAAGUCCAUGUUGGUGAUGAGCGGGGGAGAGGGCUACAUCGACUUCAGGAUGGGUGAUGAGGAUGUAGAGGGGGAGGAGGGGGAGCAGCCACCCAUGAAGCUGCACCCCUCCCAGGCUAAAGCCGAGCGCAGCCACCUCAUCGUGUGGCAGAUCCUGGACAACGAAGACUGACCCCUGAAGCCUGAUUUGCCUUUUAACCCAAACUCGCUGCCAUGGAGGCGUUCAGGGGGACGACCCCCCCCCCUCUUCUGACACGAGUUUAAUCAGCACUUUUUCUUCCUGAACAAUAAGAGUCAAACAAGCAGAGACUGCUCUGAGAGCUGCUCCGUGAACACAUUCACACAAACUGCAUGUUAUUGUUUUAACCAUGAUUUAUUUUUCUUUUAAUCUAAUAUUUUAUAAAUUUGAAUCUGUAAUAAUGCCUCUGCCUCUUCUAAUAUUAUUUGAGGUAAAGCUGUAUUUGGAUACAGAACUUUUUGUUUUUUAUUUGCUCCUCAAAUACAACCAUUUCCCCCCCCGCCUUACAUGUUCAGGUUCCCUUCCCUCUGUUCAGUCUGUGUGCUCAUGCUGGACCCGGCAUGAUGCUAAAUCACUUUCAAACAUUACAAUAAUCACAUGGAGAAAAUCAUUAGAGAUUCUUCAUGAAUCCAAAAUCAUAUUUUAUGUUCAUUGUAAUCCUUUGAGAACUUGGCUUUUGAUUGUAUGCAAGACAAAGUGGAUUGAUUGCCAGGUGUUUCUAGGUCAGGAUUUGUUUUAGUCGGCAACACAUCAGCUUUAAGUAUCUAUUUGAGCAGAACAUGGCCUUGUGUUUAUCCUAAUAUUCUAGAUGUUAUCGUGGUGGACCCAUUUCAACAUUACAUUCCAGUCACAGAGCAAAGCCUCAGAUAUUCUGAAAAGUCAACCAGCAAAGUUUUGAUACAGAGGGUUUCCCAGACUCUCCUAACACUCGUCAGGCCAUCUCAAUGAACAAAUGCUCCAUCUGUUUUGUAUUGUCAUGUAGCAGCUGCAUGGCUAUAUGUGCCUAAUAUCUGAAUAACUAUCGGAUGGAAUUUAUUACAUGCCUCCCUCAGGAUGAGUUGCAAUAACCUUGGAGUUCCUUUAGCAUAAACUCAACAUUUUAUAUAUUCAAUAAUUUAGUUUAUGACAAAAUACAUGUUUUUCAUGUUAUUUACUGUAACAAUAAUGAUCCGCUAAACUACGACGGCUAACAUUACCAUUGUCAGAGUAUGCAUGUUAGCAUGCUGACAUUAGCAUUUAGCUCAAAGCACCAUUGUGCCUAAGUACAGCUUCACAUAGCUGCUAGCAUAUCUUUACAGAUUUGAAGGACGAGCCACAGGAAUUCUUUUGUAGGAAAUGUUAUUCUUAGCUCUGUGACUCGAGUGUAAUGAUGAUAUAUCAGAGGUACAAACUGGAGGCUCAGUAACUAACCGAGUGUGACUGUUUUGGUUGCAAUGCUUACACAUUUGUAGACUUCAGACUUGUAUUUAAUCCCGUAUUACAUGAGGAUGCUGUCAGUCCUCUGCUCUGUUUAACCACCAGCUCCAGCUAGUAGACACUUUAAUAAUAUUCCUUAGGUAUCAAGAGUGGAAAGGACUAGGUAACCAAGCUUUUCAAGUGUGAUAAAGUAUUUAUUUUUUCUUGAAAGAAUGUUGCGCUUGCUACCAAAGGAAAUUAAAGAUGGAUAGUUUGCUGAAACAGUCUAACAUUGAGCAGUUUGAGUCUGCCUCCAUGUAGAUAACAUUUUAUAACAGGAAUCCUGGUGAAUAGAUAUAUUUUUAGACUUUCAUAUGGGGAAAUUGAUAUGUUCAGGGUGUGAACAACGAGAAUGUGCUGGAUCUGAUACAAGCAGCCACACUAAGGAUUACAUAACCCGCCUUCUAAUCCUUAUUUCCACAUUUAGAGGUCAGAAUUUUGAUUUAUUUAGUUUUUUGGCGCUGCUCUGCCCCCUUUUGUGCAACUAUAUGUUAAUCUGACAUUCUAAGCAAGAUCCUAAACUGAUGAUUUAUCUCUCCUAAUUGAUGAUUAAUGAUGAUUUAUUUUCUUCUAGACUGUCCUCUCUCUUGAGUACAGUGCACAAAAUGUUCACUUGGUUGUCAUAUGAAACUGUAUUUCUGGCCUCUGUACCAGUACACUGCACUGGUAUGUUUUGUCCUCUUUGUAUUGAACAGUAUCAGAGAAAGUCGUGUGUGUGUGCGUGUGUGUGUGUGUGUGUGUGUGUCUUCUCCAGGAGAGGUGUGAGAUGUUAUUGCAGUUUAGCCAUUUCAGUAUUUAUUUACAAUGAUUGAGCCUUUGCAAUUCCGAAUGUAUCUUUGUACAUUGAAUAUGAAUAUAUAUUAUGAUAUAUGUAUAAAACAUUGAAAUGGCUUGGAUGCUGUUGAAAUGAAUUUGUUUUGUACGGGGUAACCCUACUCAGCUAUGCACUAUGUCUGUGAGGGGCUUUGCUUCAGGCCUGUUUUGUAUGUUUUAAGUAAAAACCCUGCAGCCUGUCCACAGAAACAAUCAGCUUUCAACUAAUGCAGGAAAUAAGCUGGUCCAUGAGCGAGAAGCCCACCACGGCAUGAUGGAUCAGGUCGGCCAUCCCUCUCCUGCUAGUGUCGCUAACAUGGAGGAGAUCAAUGUUAGCAGGACGCUCAAUCUUCUACAGCAUAUCUAGCCUUAUUUUUAACAGUCAAUAAAAGCCAUUUUUGUGGGCAUGUUUUGUCA